AUGGCGGUUAGCGACAAAAAGUUCAAUGAGAUGAUGACCCAUAGCAAGAUGCUUGAGACCCAAAUCACUCAACAAGCCAACGCUUUGAAAGAAAGUGCAAGCCCUUCUCCUCUACCCUCCCAAGGUCUUGACCCUAAGAAAUCGGCUUACUCUAUCACCACUAGAAGUGGCAAGAUACUAGAGGAGAGAAUGUCUAAGAGUAGUCAAGAGAAGGAGAAGGUGAGUGAUUCAUUUGAUGAUGAUGAGCAUGAUGUGUCUAGCAAGAAGAGUGAGAGUUCUAACGAGAAAGCCAAGGAGAAAGAUAGAAUGCAAGAUGAGGUUAUCAAACCCAAACUUUCGUACCCCCAAAUAUUUUUGAGGCAUAGCAUGGAUGAGCAAUUUGGGAGGUUCAUCGAGAUGCUUAAGCAACUUCAUCUCUCUAUUCCUUUCACCUAUGCUUUGCAACAAAUGCCAAAUAAUUCCAAGUUCCUUAAGGACAUUUUGAGUGGCAAGAGGGAGUGCAAUGUGGUUGAUUUGGUGAAUGUUGGGGAGUGCUAUAGUGCUCUUAUCCAUAAUGACCUACCCCCAAAGAUGAAAGAUCCGGGGAAUUUCUCCAUCCCUUGCAAUAUCAAUGGCAAAUUGUUCCAAAAUGCUCUUUGUGAUUUAGGUGCUUGUGUUAGUAUCAUGCCAUACUCCGUUUUCAAGAAGCUUAAGCUAGGAGAGCUACUUCUUACCAACAUGACCCUACAAUUGGCUGAUCGUUCCAUUAAUAUUCCCAAGGGUAGGAUUGAGGAUAUCCCCUUCAAGAUAGGAGAGUUUACCAUUCCCGUUGAUUUCAUUGUGCUUAAAAUUGCGGAAGAUGACAAUAUUCCCAUCAUCUUAGGGAGACCAUUCUUAGCCACGUCGGGUGCCUUGAUUGAUGUGAAAGGCUACAUCAUUACUUUGUGUGUUGGUAAUAGUAAGGCUAGUUUCAAGCUUAAGUCAAUGCAUGAGUCUCUAUCUUACGUGUAA